UGCAGCAGGAGGAAGAAGAACCUCUAAGCCCUGGUGGCCGAGUGGACAUAGCAUGGAAAGAGCAUGAUUAAAGGGACAGGAAUGAUGAAUUCAGGCAUAGAUCAGAAACAAAUGGGAGAACAGAAGGAAGAAGAAAAAAUAUGGGAAGAGCACAUGAAAGACCGCAGGCAGAGAGAAGAAAGAAGGCAGAAUGAGCGGCAAGAGGCUUUAGAAAGGGAACGAAGAGAACUAGAAAAAUUGGAUCAAGAGCGGAGGAUGAUUGAAGAAUCAUUGAAGAUUGAAAUGGAAAAAGAAUUAGAAAUGAGUGUUGAAGAAACGAAAGGCAAAUCUGUUUGUGGUGAAAAUCCUUUAGAGAAAUACAUGAAAAUUAUUCAGCGGGAUCAAGACCAGGAGACGGCAGAUAAGAGUUCAAAGGUUGGCAGAGAAGCCUCAGAAGUGGACACAGUGCCAUUGAGUGACAAAGACGAAAGUUUCACGGGCUUUUCUCAUGAAGAAACAGAUGACUUUUGGUAACCAUGUUUGCUGUCCAGCAUCUUAUCCAUAUAAUGUAACUAAAGGCCUAUGAAUUCUCUGUAACAAGACAAAAUUCUCAAUAAAAAUUUUAUGUGUAAUCCCA